AUGAAUCUUCUGGAUGCCAUAGGAACCUUGAUGGACGGGAGGGGAAUCAAGGAGAUUCUAGGAACCAUUUACGGCGAAAAUGCAGUGCAGCAUGUCAUGACUGGAAAGGCAGUUCAACGAGCAUUACGCGGACAUCUUCUCGAUCAGUGCCUCACACAACAGGUCGUUGACAAGGUAACGUCCGAUCGCCCUACUUUGCAAACCUAUUGCAAAAACUGGAGGAGUUGUACGAACAGGAAGUGGCAGGGCAUAGUGAUCUUGAUUCGUUAAUCUCAUCUAGUUGCCUUGGUAAAAUAGCUCAGAUCUUGUCUUCCAAAGAAGGCAAAUUGUCAGCUCACUCUGCCACUGCCAAACUGUGGCUGGUUUAUCAGCAGAUGAUAAGAACUGCGAGGGAACUUAUCAAAGCUGACCGUACUGGAUCCUGGUUGAUGCAUCUUGUCUAUACGUUGUACAAAGUUGCUGCAGCUGGACAUUCAAAUGAUCCGAAAUCGGCUUAUCUGUACCUCCAAUCCAUGACAAGACUUGAAAAGGACAAUCUAUCAGUCUUCCGAAAGUUCAUGAAUGGGUUGCACGUUAUCAGGCGAAGUGAUCAGUAUUGGGCUGGACUGGGUUGCAAUCUUGUAAUCGAGCAAGCUCUUAUACGGUCCCUAAAGAUUGCAGGUGGUCUCACAAGAGGAAGUGGAAUGUCUGAACACCAGAGAGUCCUGUAG